AUGAUUCCAGUCAAGAAACGAAUGAAUCGAUUUAAAUCAAAUAAUAAUGAUCCCUCAAAAAAUCCUCCUCGAGCGAAUUCAUUUCCUAUAAGUUACUAUUUUCCUCUGAUUACCGUAGUUACUGACAAUGUAGUAUCAACAUUACAAUUUUCAUUCGCAAUAACACAGGCAUUAUUCUUUACAAUAAUAUCAACUAUAUGUACUUUAUUCCAUGUGAUCAUAAUAAAUUACGAUCAUUAUUAUGCGUUAACACAUAACUUCAUUUAUUCCACUCUUUUAUUUAAGAAGAAGGGUAAACGUGUCAAUUUUCGCUUAUCACAUGAUGAAUAUAUCCUUCCUUCUUUUCCAAAUUCAAGGAAUGUUGAAAUGGAGGAGGACGUGAUUGAGAACGAAACAAAACGAUCAGAGGAGAAGAUGGAAAGUGUUAAUAAUAAUAAGCAAUUAAGGGCCGAUUCUCAUUCUACUACUGCGGUUGCGCAACAAUGGGAUCUUACCAUUGAUACUUCAAGAAAAAUAUCAAAAUCAUACAGCGAGGAAUAUUAUACUAUCAACAUUUUAAAACAUCAUUCUGCUUCGAUCAUUAAGAACAAUAAUGUUGAACAACAACGUUAUGGGUCUUUAUCAACCUCAACAACGAUUUCACAUUCUUUGUAUGAUGUUAAUUUAACAUUUAAUAAUUCGAAAGUUGACACUCGUUCACAUGAAAUAUCGGAACACAAUACGACGACUGACGAUAAUCCUCAACUAGUGGCACGUGAUACUACCUCUCCAUCAAGUACGAAGGGAAUGCGGCGACAUACUUGGAUGACAUUUAUUCAAAAAAAUGACAUUCAAAGUUCUUCAACCUCAAAACGAAAUAGUUUAGGAAUUUGGGAAAAGGUUAAGGGAAAUAUUAAUGGGUCAUCGAGAAAAAAUAAUGAUAUGAAUAGCAAUAUCUCAACAAUUAUUAAGCAGGAAAGAUCAAAAUCGAAAUUAAAAAAGCAUAAAGGAUGGGAUCCUUCUCCAAUAAAUUUUUUUUUCCAUUCAAAACAUCCCUCUCCUAAUAAUUUCGAUAAUAUUACAACUUCACCUAUACCUAGUUUAACUCAUUCCGCUUCGAAUUCAACUUCUAUUUCCCCCACCUCCACACUUGUUAACGUAUCAAUUAACGAUAAUGUUUUAAAUAAUAAUAUUAAAGUUCGGAUAAAGAAAAGAAAUUCUUUACAAGGUUUUCUUAAGGAAUUCACUAAUAGAAGGAAAAUAUGUUUACCGAAUGGUGAUGAUAAAAAUUCGAAAAAGAAAUAUUAA